CCGAGGAGCUGCUGCUGCAUCUUGGAAGGACUCUCUGGUUUUUAGGCAUACUAAGGAAACCGCAAAUGAGCGUCCAGCUGUCUCUCCCUCCUCCGCGCAGAAGAUGAACCAACCGUUUUCCGUUGCUCUCCGUCCGUUGACUUUAGGACGUUUAGCCGGCUAACUAGCUGAGAAGAGUUACUAAAUCGGAUUAUCUGAUAACGACAGCCUCCCUCUUUGCUCACAGCGAGGUAUUAUUAGCUGGAAACACAGAAAACGUCGCCUUUUUAAUUUUUGUAAUACCUUUCUUUAUUUGUGUCUACUGUAAUUAGCGGUGGAUGUUGCUGUGGGCUAAGCUAGGUUAUUAGCCUGUUUAAACCGCAGUGUUGUGCUUGUUGGAAACAGUAGUUGCUCUGUCAGACAGGUGAUGUGUUAGCCUGUGGCAGAUUGUCUUUUUUAUUCACAUACUUAUUUAUAUAUAUAUAUUAGCUCUUGAGAAGAAGCAGAAGAUGUCAGGAAAGGAUAAAGACAAAGACAAACAGGAGAAACAGUCCACCACGGAGCGCCUGGUGAAAGCGGUGCCGUACCCGCCGCAGCAGAAGCUGACGGUAAAAGAGCUUUUUGUAGACGGGAAGCCCAACCCGGAGGUGCUGAGAACCCACCUGGUGAAGGAGGGCCGGGUGGAGGAGGAGGUGGCUCUGAAGAUCAUCAACGACGGCGCCAACAUCCUCCGCCAGGAGAAGUGCAUGCUGGAGGUGGACGCGCCCAUCACAGUAUGUGGGGAUGUCCACGGACAGUUCUUUGACCUCAUGAAGCUGUUUGAAGUGGGGGGGUCUCCCAGUAACACACGGUAUCUCUUCCUCGGGGACUACGUGGACCGAGGGUACUUCAGUAUCGAGUGUGUUCUCUACCUCUGGUCGCUGAAGAUCAACCACCCCACCACACUCUUCCUCCUGCGGGGGAACCACGAGUGCCGACACCUCACCGAGUACUUCACCUUCAAACAGGAAUGUAAAAUAAAGUACUCUGAGCGGGUGUAUGACGCCUGCAUGGACGCCUUUGACUGCCUGCCUCUCGCCGCGCUGCUCAACCAGCAGUUCCUGUGUGUGCACGGCGGGCUCUCUCCAGAAAUCAACUGCCUAGACGACAUACGGAAAUUGGACCGGUUUAAAGAGCCUCCAGCGUUCGGUCCGAUGUGCGACCUGAUCUGGGCCGACCCCGGCGAGGACUACGGCAGCGAGAAGACGACGGAACACUUCAGCCAUAACUCGGUCCGAGGCUGCUCCUACUUCUUCAGCUACACAGCGGUCUGCGACUUCUUGGUAAAUAACAACCUGCUGUCUGUAAUCAGGGCCCAUGAAGCACAGGAUGCAGGGUAUCGGAUGUACAGAAAGAGCCAGACCACCGGCUUCCCGUCGUUAAUCACAAUCUUCUCCGCUCCAAAUUACCUCGACGUCUACAACAACAAAGCGGCUGUAUUAAAAUACGAGAACAACGUGAUGAAUAUCCGACAGUUCAACUGCUCCCCCCACCCCUACUGGCUGCCCAACUUCAUGGACGUCUUCACGUGGUCUUUGCCUUUUGUGGGAGAGAAAGUGACGGAGAUGCUGGUGAACGUGCUGAACAUCUGCUCUGACGAUGAGCUCAUGUCGGAGGGAGACGACCUCUAUGAAGGUGGGACGUCAGCGAUGCGUAAGGAGGUGAUCAGGAAUAAGAUCCGCGCCGUGGGGAAGAUGGCUCGAGUCUUCUCCGUGCUCAGGGAGGAGAGUGAGAACGUGUUGACGCUGAAAGGCCUCACCCCGACUGGGACUCUUCCUGUGGGGGUGUUGUCGGGGGGUAAGCAGACCCUACAGACUGCUACCAUUGAGGCAGCUAAAGCACAAGCCAUUCAAGGUUUCUCCCCCACGAGGAAGAUCCGAAACUUCGAGGAGGCUCGUGGCCUGGACCGGAUAAACGAGAGGAUGCCGCCGCGCAAAGACGGCAAGCAGUCCGACGGCACCAUCAACACCAACAAGAACGGCACUGACGGAUAGGGAACAGAAACACCACCCUCCCCCAUUUUACCUCCCCCUCACGUCCCUAUCCUCCCCCCUCCGUCUCCUCUACUGCCUCUCGCUCCUCUUCAUCGGGGAGGGACGCGGACUCAUGGGUAGAUAAAACGCAGGCGUCAGCGCUGAGAAACAAACGUGUUAUCUAAAGGGGGGGGUUAUUUAUUAAAGGUGAAAUGUUUAGAUUUAAUAGCAACAUUUUGAGGUUAACGUAUCUGAAGACGGAGCCUCUGUUAUCCAGGAGCUCUAGUUACCUUUAAACACAACUGUUCUCCGUCAGUGUUUCCUUAUCCUCUCCGACGACUCGUUUCCAUCAGGAGAAACACGCUGCCGUUCCAGAGAGGCCGAUACUGACACAUCUGCAGCAGCUCUUCAACACCUGCAGCAUCUAGAGAACAUUCAGCAGAGGAAACAUGAGCAGUUUACUGAAAGCUGCAGAAACCAAACGCUGCAAGAAGCUCCAAACACUCUUUAGUGUCCCCUGGUCUCCAGCUGUGUGCGUCUCUCUUUAGUGUCCCCUGGUCUCCAGCUGUGUGCGUCUCUCUUUAGUGUCCCCUGGUCUCCAGCUGUGUGCGUCUCUCUUUAGUGUCCCCUGGUCUCCAGCUGUGUCCGUCUCUCUUUAGUGUCCCCUGGUCUCCAGCUGUGUGCGUCUCUCUUUAUUGUCCCCUGGUCUCCAGCUGUGUGCGUCUCUCUUUAGUGUCCCCUGGUCUCCAGCUGUGUCCGUCUCUCUUUAGGGUCCCCUGGUCUCCAGCUGUGUGCGUCUCUCUUUAUUGUCCCCUGGUCUCCAGCUGUGUGCGUCUCUCUUUAGUGUCCCCUGGUCUCCAGCUGUGUGCGUCUCUCUUUAGUGUCCCCUGGUCUCCAGCUGUGUGCGUCUCUCUUUAGUGUCCCCUGGUCUCCGUUGUGUUGGAGCUUCUUGCAGCGUUUGGUUUCUGCAGCUUUUAGUAAACUGCUCAUGUCUCCUCUGCUGAAUGUUCUCUAGAUGCUGCAUGUGUUGAAGAGCUGCUGCAGAUGUCUCUGAGUUCUGAUUUGUGUUUCUGUAUCUGCGUCCUCUCUGAAGCUGCAGUUCCUCCUGAUGGAAAUGUUGCUCACCAUAUAUUUUGUUUGAAGGAUAAAUUAUGUUUGUGUUAAGAGGUGAAACAAAGAAAAAGGGAAGUUAACUUUAUCCGAACAAUUAUCUAAAGGAUCGUUUUAUACUUGAAGCACAGAUUUAAUGAAGACUUGUUUGUAUAAAAAUGUCCACAAACUUUGAAGGAUCCCCAAAGAUGCUGAGUGCAUUUCUGUUCAGUAUUCAGAUCAUAACUUACCAACACUUUGUUCCUGUGCUCACUGAAGGCUGAAUGAAGCUCUGUGUUCAGAGGAUGGAAACUAGGAUCAACCAAAAAAAAAAGGGAAUUACAGAACAGCAAGUCUUACUGUCAACACCACCAGACCUGCCAAUACUCCCCCCCCCCCCCUUCUAGUUCUUACCUUAAUACAGUGGUACAGGUCAUAUUUCUGUGUCGGACCCUGAAGGCAGCAUCUCCCUGGUCCAAUGGGAUCUCCACAUAUUAAACCACUUUAUGAUUUCUGAAGUAAGAAGCUAAUGUUGGGCUACAAAGGAACUACAGCACGGUCACAUGACUUCAGGUCUCCACCGCUAAGCUAAAGGAGGCUAAUGUUGGGCGUGAUGACGUUUAGUCGUCUCCUUUUAGACACUUUUUAGCAACAAAACAUUGAAUCUCUUCAGCUUGUGUUAACCACAGAGUUUAUUUCAGGCUAAUAACCAAAAGCACAUUCAGAGAACCAUUGAAUUCCAGAUCAGGGGACAGGAAGUGCUAAAAUGCUGACUAAUUUCCAGGUUUUUAGGACUCUUUCCUGCACCACUCUUCUCCUCCUUCAGAUAUCAGAGGAACGUGACACAGACUGAUCCUCACUACUUCUUGACAAACAUCAGUUUUCAUAACAUUUUGCCUCUGUGUUUGAACGUCAAAUGCUUAAAAACGUGGUGUUAUUUUGAGGCGUCAGUGUCUCCAUCCACUGCUGAUUAUACAGAAUGUUUUACAGUGAGGGGAAACACAACGGACUGAGUCACCCCCCCCCCACUGAUGAUACUAUAAGAGGUACUGUAAUCAUCUCAAACAUGGCUGACUCAUGCAUACAGUAUAUCAUUUGUAUUAUUUUUACAUACAAAGAGCUUGCAGGCGUGUAAAUGCUUCCACCUCCGCUCCCGACCCUUUAAGACGUGCUUUUUAAGAACUUUUGAAAACAAACACACAACUCCACCGGUGCUUCGACACACCUGACUGUAGCUCUGCAGAGGGAGCUGGGAAACCUUUAAGAUUUGCUAUUCUCUUGUGAAUUUCCCCUUUUUUUACGUCACAAAACGAGGCGUUAGCGCUCAUGUGCCAUUGCCACCUUGGCCACACACCUCAACAUCUGCGUGUGUGUUUGUGUGUGUGUGUGUGUGUGUGUGUGUGUGUGAGAGAGAGAGGCGGUCCAUCGCGCACCAUUACAGAUUCAAUGUCAUGUAAUGUUAUCUUUAAGGUUUAAACUAUUGUCGUUCUGUUCAGUAGACUUCUGGCAUGUCCCUGAAGAUGGAGUGCUGGAGAUGGUUGUUGACACUGGGUAUUCUUUCAAAAGUGGAACUAGAGGGACUAGAAUUGGCCAAAUCUGAGCACCCCCGUCACCUGGUUUGGACGAAACCCCGGUAAUAGCCUGGUUUAGUGUCCCAAAUGCUUUCUAAUAAGCCCCACAUUUUUAACAUGUUGAAAAUGACACUGGAUAAGUUCCUUAAUGGACUUCCUGGACUUCCUCAACAUUUGAUUCAAUACCAAUCACCAAAAUUGAUCCAGUGGUAAAAAAUACUGAUUCCAAGGCUGGAAAUGACGGCCAUCUUGGAAAAACGGUCCCAAUCAAGUGGCUUUUUUAAAAUGAAUGGCCAUGAAAAUCUUUCUGUACCACUUCUGGAAGAUGACAGCGAUCUGCAGCACGACGCGUUUGGUUUACAUUCAUAACUGUGACGUUGAGACUUGUUUUUGAAGGCUUUAUUGGGUGAGCCGCACCGUAUACUGACCUCCUGUUAGGUCCUAUACAUAUCUCGCAGAAUGUACAAACCAUAUUGUUCUUUAAAUAUCUUCUAAUAGCUGUAAAAACUGUACCGUAUUUGUCAUGCGAGGCCAUGAAAUCUUUUAGAUGUACCACUUGAAAGAAAAUAAUAAAAUUCAAACACAGUGUUUUA